AUAAAUAAUGUCGAGAUCAUACCAUUACCAAGUUUAGUAUGUUGCUAAAGAUCAAUAGAAAAAAGAUUCUUAGGCUUAUCGUAAAGUAAAUAAAUUUCUUAUUAGUAUAGUCACAUCAUAAUUAUGAUGGAUAUUCAAGAAAAUAUUACAACAAUCGUUAACAUUAUUAAAAUGAUAAUAAAAGAGUGGAAUACGAAUGUAUUAUUAGUAUUAUAAUAAUUAUUAGAGAAAUAAUAAAUAUGUUAACCUUAAAAUAAUGUUUAUGAUGCAAAAUUAUUAGUUUCAGCUUAUCAAGAAUAUUUAUAACCUCCUGAAGACAUCAUUUAGCUAACAAAAAAAAUACCAGAAUUAUUUGCAACAAAACCAUUCAAACCUAUUUCAUAAACAGCACAAUACAAUCAUAGCGAUGAAGAAGAACCUUAAUGGAUGCAAGAGUCUUAAUUUAAUACACCUUUUUAAUUAAAUGAUAUAGAAAAAGAAAUUCAAUAAAAAAGAGAACAGUAUUAAAAAGAUCAUGGAACAUAUGAAAAAAAAUAGGAAUAAAAAAGAUAAUAAAUUGAAGAAUUUUAGAAUCAUCAACAAGCAAUUAAUAGUAUUGAAAUCGAAAAAUAAAAGUACAGAGAAAAAAGAGAAAAUGAAUUAAAAUAAUCUUAAGCUGCAAUUGAAACUAAGUAAAAAUUGAAUGAGAUCUUUUCUAUAAAUAUUGAACCUCAAUAAAAUCCUAAAGAAAUUAAUCAAAAGAUAUUAACAGUAGAAGAAAUAGAAAAGCAACAAUUAUCCAAAUAAACUAAGAGUAANCAAUUAUAUGAUUUAAAUUUGUGCAUAAAUUAAUUAAGAAAGAGAGUAUAUUUUAUAUUUGAAGCAGUUCCAGUUCAAUCUCUAAUAUUUAUUAAAAUAUAUAUGAUUAAAAUAUAUUGA